GUCUUAAAUGGAAGGGAUAAAAGAAAACCUGCUUCUAUUGCUAUUUCGUAACAUGUUAAACUUCAGCUACCGCGGAAUCAGUACAGGUUAACAGUUUCUCAUUAAGUGCCCUUUUCGUUUCCGAGUUUGUAGGCUCAGCCUAUCGUGAAUCUCACAUGAUUACUUGGUAUUCAAAAGUCAAGCAAAUCACGUUUGUCUGCGAUUAUUUCUUGAAAAUUUCCCGGGAAAACUGAAAAUGUCUGGAAAUCCAGAGCGAAGAUUUGAAUUUAGUCACGAAUUUGACAUUGUCGAAGAAAUUUGUAAUACAAUUCUUAAUCAAACCAAACAUCGACCUACGGUUGGUAUAAUAUGUGGCACUGGUUUGUCAUCAUUGGGCGACAUUGUCGAGGAUAAAGAUGCCAUUCCAUAUGGGAAGAUCAAACACUUUCCAAAGAGUACAGUCAAAGGACACAUUGGGCAGUUUGUGCUGGGUCUCCUUAACGGUAAAACGGUGGUAAUGAUGCAGGGGCGCACACAUCUGUAUGAAGGAUACUCAGUUGGAGAGAUCACUCUUCCAGUGCGUGUGAUGAUCCACUUGGGUGUCAAGACUUUGAUUGUCACUAAUGCUGCUGGAGGACUAAACAGAAGUUACAAUGUUGGUGACAUUAUGGUUAUCAAAGAUCAUAUUAAUCUUGCUGGACUUGCUGGGGAAAAUCCACUGAGAGGAGUUAACGAUGAACGAUUUGGUCCAAGAUUUCCAGCCCUUUCUGAUGCAUAUGACAGAUCCCUUGUUAAGACGGCUAUUGAUACAGCCACUGAGUUGGGCUAUUCAACAUUCAUGCAGGAAGGAGUUUACUGUGCACAAGUUGGGCCAGCAUUUGAGACUCCAGCCGAAUGUAGAUUCUUAAGCUUGGUUGGGGCAGAUGCUGUUGGAAUGAGCACAGUGCAUGAAGUGGUGGUAGCAAGACAUGCUGGGGUAAAAGUUUUAGGCUUCUCUUUAAUAACUAAUGUUGCCGUCAUGGGUUAUGAGGACAAUGCUAGUGCUGCCAACCAUCAAGAAGUGCUGGAAACUGGAAAGCAAAGAUCUUCUGACAUGCAGAAGCUGGUGUCUGCCAUUGUUGGUAAAAUGUAACUAGUCUGGAGGCUCAAGGUAUUAAGAAUAAAAUUUUAAUGAUGUAAUAAGAAAAAUCCUUGCAUCCCAAGGAUACAGACUAAUUAUAGGUAAGUUUUUAAUCAGGUCAUCCCCAUGAAAUGUUGUUUCUUAUUGCCCAAUGGCUACCUACCCAAUUUUUUUGACAAUUAUUUUUGAAAAUCUUUGAUACACUAUACAUGAAGUAAACUUUUACUGUGGAUGAUACCAGGAGAAAAAUUAUCUUGAAUCAACCUGGAGUUAAGUCACGUAUUUAUUCCAAAAACUAUCAUCAUGGUAAAAGCAAAUCACAGGCAAAAGUUCUCUUCUAACAAAAAUCACUCCCUUGUUCAAUCAGCUCCUUUGGUUGAUUUUCUUUUCUUUUUUAGCCACUAUCUCCAUAGAGAAGGAGAUAGGGCAAGAAACUUCUUAUAAUGGUGACGACCUCAAUGAUAAUAGAUACUUGGGAUAUCCAAGUGAAAAACACGUGAUACCUCUUAACUCUAGUAUUUUGGGGUGAUAUUAAAUUUUUAUUAAAUGUGAAUUUGAAUGCAUUUCUUUUGAUUUUUUCCUCUCAGUCUUUUUGUAAAAAUUCUUUUACCAGGAGCCUAGAAUAGGCAUUUUGGACUGGAUAUGUCUUGGUCAGUCAAAUGUUCCCAAAGUGUUAGUCUCUCCUAAAAUAGACUUCCCAUAAAAAGCUACACCAAACGAAAUAUUAAUAAUUGUGCAAGUACAGCAACUUUAGUUUACAAUUUGAAAAGAUGUGAAGCAUAAUUUGGGGAAAACAUAACCCUUGAUUCUCUGAUAGCCAUAUUGUUCUGUUAAGACUGAAAAUAGAUAAUUAAUCUAUGAAAACUAUCUUCUUUAUAACUUUAUCUGUUGUAUGUAAUAAUGGUAAGAAAUGACUGUAAGUAAAUGGUAUUAUGAACGAUAUUUUUCUUUAGGCAAUAGUCUUACAAUAAAGUUAUUAAUUCUAAUUUGAUGAGGACUAAAACUUAACAACAGUAAACUGUGGACUUGCAACCUUUAUUUGAUAGUCCCAUAUUUGCUCCAGGUAGUAGUAAUAUUUUAUCUGGUUUUUGACAACCUCAUUGGGAAUAAUUAUUAAAAAAUUCUAUAAUAAAUUUUCCAAAGAAUAAAUUAAUUACUUACAAUAUUUUGAUUUUUUUAGUUUUUUUCAGUUUUUUUUUUUCAAGUGUUCCCAAAAUCCAAGGAACACUUUUCAAAUUAGACAGAACUUUGAUUAUUAUUAUAAUAUCUGUAUAAUUGCUGAGAUGAUUGUGGAGAUGCUAUUCACAUGUUCUGAUUGGUUGGGCUUAACAUUUCACAGCAGUUUUCAAAGUAAUCUCAGCAACCAGUGAGAACAAAGGUUUACCUUAUCAUUAGCCAAUGAGAGCUGAAAGUAAAAAACAAGCAAACCACUGGAAGCAUAAAAAAACUCUAAUGACCAAGGAGAUAUACAUUUUACUGUUGCAUCUGAUUGGUUUAAAUGGUGAUGUAAAUUUUCUAGACCAAAUACAGAGUAAGUUAAGUAAAACCAAAGAAUUGGGGAUUACUUUCAACUCUCACUUUAAAAUUGCUCUGACUAUAAUAUUAUAAUUAUCAGUCACAGAUCUAGAGUACAAGUGUGACAUUUAAGAACUCAUUUUCAAAAUUUUCACUGUGCAAUCUUCUGAAUCUCUGAAGAAGAAAAUGAAGGAAAAUCAAGUUUUGACUGGUAUUCCUUCAUAUUUAAUGGUUCUAAAAUAUUAACUGGAGGUAUUUACUGAGGUAUAUUUUGUGAAAAUAGUAAUACAUAAUGCACUGUAAAGAACAGUUGGAUAUAAUAUUAAAGUUGGUUUGAAUGGUA